UUCUCAUGCCAUAUACCUGUCGCCUUCAGCGAUGAAUUAAUCUCGAUCAACGGUCCAGCACGCUUUUGUAUUUUGUUUAAGUAGUCUUCCUCUUUCCUCGCCGUGAUCCAUCCGCUGUCCAUUUUCAUUUCGGCGAUGGAAAAAUGAACAUUACUGGUCCCGACUAUAUCGGUUAUAUCGUGCGCUCUUAACGAGCACGUGAGAGGUGAAUCAUACAUCGUCGUGGCAUACAUUCCGCAUAGACACACGGCGGGAGGCUACGAGCGCGGCCGGUUAUUAUGUCGCAGAUAUGGCUCGAAGGUAAUUAAUACUAUUGUUAUGAUUCAGAUAGAGGUACAUCAUUGUGCCCGUACACCUUGGCUCGGCUCGGUGCGAUCUCGGUCUUCGGCAGUCGGAGCUGAAGCGCGCGACAGGUACGGUCGUUCGCAGUCUUCCGAAUGCGAGCGAGCGAGCGCGAUGACACACACUUCCGCCGCAUGUCCGCCGAUAUCUUCGAACAACACGUCGUCGUCAACGUCGUCUACUCAAAGACUGCGCUCGCAACGACGGUGCUGAUACAAAUAAAAAAAGGCGCUUUCGUGUCGUCGCUUGUACAAUUCCACGGUGCAAUUGUAAACCGCUAUUCGGCGGUCGUGUCGGUGCAUUCGGAUUAUAAAUCCGACCGAUUAUGCUCGCGAGCGUACAUCGUUGCGCACGGCUGCGCUCGGGGAUGGACUGUGGCAGAGGUGAACUGUCCGCGGUAUGAUACACUCUGAUAUAUCUGCAUACUUCUCGGAACAUUCGCUUGCUCAACGAAGAGUUCGAGAUCCAACUGGCAAGGUGCGCUUGACAACGUGCGGAAUGCGUGGCAACGUUCUUAUCGUGAUAUCGUGAACGGAAUCACCGGUGAAUCUUCAGCGGCAGUGUGUGCUUAUAUAGAUGAAUCCGUCCGAAAUGAGUGCUUUCGUCAGUAGUGUCCAGCAUGAGAAGAUAGCGACGAGCACGACGGGGCAGGCGCAAUCGAGCGUCGCACUCAACGACAUGUCGGCGGAAGGCGUGCGAAAUGGCAAGUUCAACAAGUCCACCCAGAGCGACAUCCCGCUCUCGACAUGGAAAAGACCCAGGCCGAUGUCCGUGGCGUAUCUGUCGAGGCAGACACAGCCGAGCGAGUCGAGUUUCUCCACGCACAGCUCGAGGAGCACGUUGUAUCCGGUACAGAGCGAACUGGUCUUAUCGCCCAGGAACAAAUACAACAAAUAUGUAUCCUUGGACAUGAAGCCAAUUAGCAACCUGCAGUAUCCUAGUCCGCACUCGAACAGUCACAUCUAUGGCGGCGGCAGCGGCAUGCCGUACACGUGUUGCUGUGCGUGCAUGGGCUCACAAAUCCCGCCGCCGCCGACACCACCUUCGCAUCAGGUCGAGGAUCACGACGGGCCCGAGAGCCUCUCAUGGAGGAGGCUGCAUAUGAGCAGGGCCAAGCUGAAAGCAACCGCCACCACGUCCGAGCUGCUCAGCGGCUUUGCAAUGGUAGCGAUGGUAGAGCUACAAAUAAACGAACCAACCGCGGUGCCGGAAUGGCUGUUCGUAAUGUUUGCGGUGUGCACUACUUUCUUGGUAUCGGUGCAUAUCUUUGCAUUGAUGAUAAGCACGUAUCUUUUACCCAAUGUCGAAGCUAUAAGUAAACUCCAAGUGUCAAGGCUCGUAACGGAAUCGCCGCACGAGCGAAUGCGCGGCUUCAUCGAACUGGCUUGGGCGUUUUCCACGGUCUUGGGAUUGUUCCUCUUUCUCGUGGAGAUAGCUAUUCUUUGCUGGGUCAAGUUCUGGGAUUACUCCUUCACCGCCGCCACUGCCAGCACCGUGAUAGUCAUUCCUGUGCUCAUCGUAUUCGUCGCAUUCGCUGUUCACUUUUACCAUUCUUUGGUGGUUUACAAAUGUGAAAGUGCGGUGUCGGAUAUGAAGGACUUAGAGAGUAUAAAGAGGAACCUGGACAGCGUAACGAUAGGACAAACCAACGUAUAAACUUGAGAUGUAUACAUCGCUAAAUAUCUGUAAAAUAAGCAGUCGCCAUUAAAUUGUUUCAGAUUAUAAGGAAUGCAUCAAACUUAAGAUAUAAUGAAUAGGAAAAAGAAAAUGUUAUAUUUUAUAAUCUCUAUUGGCUUAUAAAGUAAAAGGUGUCAUGCUUCAUUAGAAAAACAAUCGAAACGAUAAAUUAUAUCUUCAAACGAGAAUGAAAUAAGAAAGACACGUACGGACUUUUGUUUUGUCAAUAACUUUACUUUUCAAACAUGACCAUGUAAAAAUGGUCAGGUUUUAUUAUAUAUAAAAAUGUACAUAGCUGUGUAUGUAUAUAUGUGUGUAUGUAUGUAUAUAUGUACGUGUAUGUAUGUGUGUGUACACAUGCAAGUCAAGAAUUGCAACAGUACAAGCAAGUGCUCUUAGUAUAUUACUUAUAAUAUUCAGCAUUUAAUUAUAUUCUGUAUACAGUUUAACUCUUGAUUUUUAUUUAAACCUGUUCCUUGUUCUGUUUAUCCUUCUAUUAUACGUUGUAUCACUAAUAUAUAUAU